GGGAAAKAUUUGCAYAURMCCUUGGUGUUCCUCCAGACAUGAUACGUGAAUGCAAACUGUACWAUAGUCCAACAAAAAAGUUGUUUAAUUACUUGCAAGCAACACAGCCACAAUUGACCAUCGGUGAUCUUCGUGCUGCCCUAACAAGUAAUCCAGAUAGAAAAAGAAAUGAUUUGGACACAAUGCUUAAAGUUGAUUAUGAAUUGUCCAAUCAAUGCAAGGUGUCUGAAACCAUAACCAACUCUAUAAUUGAUAUCUUGGAUAAGUUGGCCUUAGAGCUUGAUUCAGCUUCAAAUUAUAAUCGGGAAGCCCUUGGUCUUGCACUUAAGAUAAACCGAGACAAACUGAAGGAAAUUAAGAUGUGCAACAACUACAAUCCAACUGAAGAUCUAUUUCGGGUUCUUUAUGCAACCAGCACAAAAAAAGUUAAGCUAAAUGUGAUUGUUGGAUACCUGGAGAAGAUGGAAAGAAACGACAUCCUAAAGGAAAUGGAAAGUACUACACAGUCAAUAGAUAAAAGUGCUACAGAUGCCCGAGACAUUUUAAUAAUUGGAUCAGAGCUUCUUAACACAAUUUCCAAGAUGCUAAAUGAUGAUUCUCUACAUCUUGAAGGCUGGAAAGGCCUUGCAAAUCGUCUAUUACGGGACGGCUACCUAUCUGACCGCGACAUCAUAUCCAAGCUUGACCCUCCACAUGAGCACGACAUCCAUAGCCCAACAAAGCAAGUCAUAGAAUGGCUGACAAGUAAUAAACCAGAUCUAACCAUGGAUGAAUUAAUUACAACGUGUGAGAACAUUGGUCGUUCAGGUGAUGCUAUGGAAAUCCUGACUAGACACUUUUCCAAAGCAGAUAAAGCUACAAACAUUGUACAGCUCCCCAAAGAGCAACAUCAAGAUGCAACCAAGAAGAUGAAUAACACCAUAGUCAACCUUAAAAAUGUUAAGUAUAAUACUGAGAAACAGGCUGCUAAAGUUGAGGAACGCACCAAUAAUGUCGACGAAASCCACCAGGCCGCUGUUGGCGAAAAGCACACGAAUAAAGGCAGUGAAGAGCAAUAUUCCAGUGGUCCAAAAGACGAUCCAGAUCCAGACCCGAGCGAUGAUUACAGAAUGGAAAGUGACCCCAGAGGAUUGCUGGUCAUCAUCAACAUCCAGAAAUUUGCUGCUGAUCCCGCACUUUCUGAUUAUAACAAAAAACAGUUCAGGAGACCAUCGGCCGAGCGCAAAGGCUCCGAAAAGGAUGUUAAUGAGCUGAUUGACCUUUUCGGUCGAUAUUUGAAUUUCAAAGUUUCCACCAUCAUAGACAAACCAAGCCAAGAGAUUUUAAAAGAACUAAACGACAUUGCUGACAACAAUGACUACAAAGAKUACGACUGUCUUGCAGUGUGCAUCAUGAGUCAUGGAACAAACGAUGCAUUCUGUGCAUACGACGGGAWACAAAUCAAAGUCUCAAAGGUUCUCAACAUGUUCUCCAACUCGAAUUGUAAGAUUUUUCGAGACAAACCAAAGCUGUUUUUCAUAGAGGCAUGUCGUGGUCAAAAGGGCAAAGGGGCCAUGGACAAUGUAGUUGUUAAUAGUGGGCCAUCAGGCAACGAAGACACAUYCGAGGAACAUACACAAAUUAUAACGAGCAUAGAUCCUGACAUGGCAGACAUGCUCAUUGCUUACUCUUGUUUUGAAGAUUACAUUUCAAAUCGAGAUCCAGAAAAAGGAAGCUGUUUUAUCCAAAUAUUGGUUUGUGUUUUCAAAGUAUAUGCACACAAGGAGCACGUUAUGGAUAUGAUGACUAGAGUUAACAAUGAAGUACACGAACACAUGCAUGGUGUACAAAUAGGGCGAACACAAGUCCCAGCUCCUACGUCAACACUACGUAAAAGAGUGUACUUUCUACGUACUGAGGAUAGUACCAAAUCACAGGCUUCUGAACGCAAUAGCAUCAGGGACGUCACUGUUACUGAAACCCGGGCUGCUGAACACGAGGGCAACAGUGAAAUUAGUAAAAAGCAAUACUUUUUCCACCGGAAAGACGGUCCAGAUUCGAGCGAUGUGUACAGGAUGAAAAGUAACCCCAGAGGAUUGAUGGUCAUCAUUAACAUGCAGAAAUUUGAUGUUGAUCCUACAAUUAUAGAUAAAGUACAGCUUGAGAAAGAAUUAUUCAAGCGAAACGGAUCUGAGAGGGAUGUUGGUGAACUAACUGAUCUUUUCAGUGGAAAGCUAAAUUUCAAAGUCUGCACCAUCAUCGACAAAACAAGGCUUGAACUUUUGAGAGAACUGCGAAAGUUUUCUGAGGACUCUGCCUACAAAGGUUACGACUGUCUUGCAGUGUGCAUCAUGAGUCAUGGAAAAGACGACAAAUUCUACGCACACGAUGGAAAAUCAAUCAAAGUAUCAGCUGUUUACAACAUAUUCUCCAACUCGCUGUGUGAGGGUUUUCGCUUCAAGCCAAAGCUGUUUUUCAUACAAGCAGCAUGUCGUGAACGAAGGGGCAGUGAUCUUGAUAUGGCAGACAUGCUCAUCGCUUACUCUGAUUACCCUUCAUACCGAGACACGGAAGAAGGAAGCUAUUUCAUCCAAAGCUUGGUUCGAUUUUUCAGAGAAUAUGCAGAUUCGGAACAUGUUGAAGAGAUAUUGACAAGAGUUAAAAAUGAAGUUCACAGGCUUAUGCAAUUAACAGCUUACCCUAGUUUUGAAGAUUACACUUCAUAYCGACACACGGAAGAAGGAAGCUAUUUCAUCCAAAGCUGGAUUCCAUUUUUCAGAGAUGCUUAUACAGGGCUUAUGCAAGAGACAAGUACGCAAGUCCGAACACAAUUACCAGCUUCUGCAUCGACACUCCGCAAAAAACUGUAUUUCUGGCCAGAAAUGGAUUUUAAUGAGGGAUCCUAAGGAAUACAUAGAUGUAAAAUGAUGAAUCGCAGCAAGCUCAAACUUAAGACAUUUCUCCUGGUAGUAGGGGGCACAUUUACUGUUAAAAAACCCGCUACUAUAGCCCCGCUACUGUGACCCCGCGCGUAACUCUCUCAGUUCACUCGCAAAUCAUCAUUAUUGCAGCGACAUCAUUAUUAUUUUUAAUGCAAGAAAAAAUAGACAAAAAAACAGGUUUUUUUAUUUGCAUUUAGGACAUAACCAUACUCCUGAAGGGGCCCCUUUGAGGCCCACACAGGAGAUGUGAUACCACUGCCAAUGCCAAUGCUUUCUGGGUAUUUUUCAAAAUGGCCGACCACUAGUUUCCAGGCUCUUAUAUAUUCAAACGAGCGUUAAGAUCCCCGUUCGCUGCCCCGCUGCGAAAACAAUUCGUUAAAAUCCCUACCCCCCGGUGCCAAUCUUGUUGUAAAAGCACGUU